AUGGUGGGGUUUGAUAUUAGGCAUAGUACUGUGAAAAAGGAUAGGGAUGGACAAGUUGUGUUGAAGUACUUGGUUUGUAGUCGUCAAGGGUUUAAGUCGGUGUCUAAAUGUACCUCUAAAAUUUUAGAGGGGGAAGGUGAUGAUAGUGGGUCAGUGACUGAAAAGCGACGUCGGAUCUCUAAUAGGGUGGGGUGCAACGCUAGAAUUGAGGGGUGUGAUGCACAGUUGGCAAUUGAUCAAUUGUCUGCGAAAAAGGAGCAAUGUGGUGCAUUUUUUUAUAAGUAUGACGUGGAUGAGAACGACCAGUUACGACGUGUAUUUUGGGCUGAUCCGGUGGCAAUCCGAAAUUGCUCUAUUUUUGGGGACAUUGUUUCGUUUGACGCUACGUACUCAACAAAUAGGUACAAAUUGGUUUUUGUCCCAUUUACAGGUGUGGAUAAUCACAAGAGGUGUGUAACUUUAGGAGCUGGCUUGUUAACCAAAGAAGAUAUCCCAUCUUACGUUUGGUUGUUGGAGAGUUUUAAGGAGGCCAUGGGACGUGUACCAUCAUGCUUUGUGUCAGACCAAGACGUGGCUUUGAAGGUAGCGUUGGCUCGCGUGUACCCUGAUUCACGACACCGGUAUUGCAUGUGGCAUAUUAUGUCUAAAGUUAGUGAGAAGGUGGGACCCAUAUUAUCGAAGGAUGAGGUCUUUCGGCGCCGGUUAAAUGCAAUUGUGUGGGAUGAAAUGCAGGACGUUGAUGAGUUUGAAGGCAGGUGGCGUGGAUUGGUGGAAGAGUAUGGCUUGGUGGAUCAUGUUUGGCUUACACAGUUGUGGGAGGCUCGAUCAUUUUGGAUUCCUGCGUAUUUUAAAGAUAUGUUCAUGUGUGGAUUAAUUCGUACCACAUCCCAUUCUGAAGGGGAGAACAGUUUUUUUGGGAGGUUUUUCACUCACACUUCUAGUCUAGUCGAGUUUUUCAGCCAUUUUAAUUCUGCAAUAGAAGCUCAAAGGCAUGCGCAGUUGAAGCUUAAUGCUGAGUGUGAGGGUCAUUACACUGAUUUAAAAACACCAUCGACGAUAGAGCGUCAUGCAUCUGCUGUGUACACUGUUACUAUUUUCCACGAGGUGCAGGCUGAGAUCUAUGCCGGUUGUUUUUCUUGUCGCGUCGUGUCUUUGCGUACUAGUGGGGAUGUCGUCUUCUAUGAAAUAAAGGGGGAUGGUGACCAUCAGUUCAGUGUUCGAUUCAACCAAUUAGAUCAUACUGCAACAUGCAGUUGUUCUCUCUACCAGCGAAUUGGAUUGCUUUGUCGUCACAUUUAUAUGGUGUAUAAAGAUGCUCGGGUUGAAAACAUCCCUACUAGCUAUAUUCUUGCUCGUUGCACUAGAGGAGUUUGUUUGCAGCCUGUGUUUAAGGUCAACGGUGAAACAGUUGAUUUGACUGUUGGUGUGGACAAUACCAAAUCAUUAGUUAAACAACUGUGGGCUGAGAUAUAUUCGUAUGUGGGAUUAGUAGGUUCUGAUACUGACUGUGUAUUGCAGCUCACACGGGUGCUUCGAGAGCAAAAGGGCGCUUUCAUGGGUGAUGGAAAUGCCGCAAUAGGUUCGAGGGGAAACAAUCCGCUAAUCCAGUCAUUUUGCGGCUCGACCCCAUCCGUAGCGGUUUCUAUCAAGCCCCCAAUUGUUGCAAAAAAUAAGGGUAGUGGGAGAAGAUUGAAGGGUGGAAAGGAGAAAUCUAUGCAGUCUAACUUGAUACGGGGGCGGAAGUGCCAUGGCUGCGACAAACGCGAUGGCCAUGAUAGUCGGAAUUGUCCAAUUUUAAAAGCAGCUGAGGAGAGAAAAGCAGCCGAGGUGAAUAAAGCUUAA